CAGCCCUUUCGCUGACUUGUCUCUACACUCGUUUGAGGUCUGUCAAGUUGAACAAUUCGCAUUCCCUCUCAGGCCAUCCAAGCCGCCAGGCGCGGCUGAUGCAGGAAUCUUGGCUGGAAACUCCCGCUACCUCUGCACACAAAAAAAAAUCCGCGCAAAACUGCCGCUGAAAGCGAGGUCAAUUUUUUAAAAAAGUUGCAUUGCACCCAUUCGUUUUUCUCGACCUUGUUUCUGGAUCUGAUACUUUUGAGAGCCACGUUGGCAAGAACCUCACUAAAUUGAAAACAAAAGAUGCUUUAUCAGCCUUAUGCAACGCACACGUGGACCAAAAUAAACAAAUUGUCUUAUUAGAGGUCUGAGAAGAUUAAGAGGUGGUGCCGGCUGCCAAACCUCUUCUAAGGCGACAUGCGUUCUGGUACUGUGUAAGGAGAUGUGGUUCUGAUUAUAGUGUUUUCAUGGAAAUUGUGCAGCUUUCCGGAAAGCUUUGAGAUCCCACUGCCGAAGUCACCUGCCAAUACCCAGUCUGAAACUCUCUGCCUGUUGCGUCGUCACAUGGAGCUUCUGAGUUCAGGUUCAGCGUAUCGCCAGAACAUGGAAAGUUUGUGGGAGUAAAGAAGCAGCUUGAGAAUUGUGCUUGCCCACAUUUGUUUUGGCGGAGUCGGUGGUGAGUUGAGUUGCCCCUGCUACGAUGUUGCCUCUGACCCGUGGCUAUUGCGUUGCAGUUCUGGGGAUUUGCGCCUGGGGGUUAGUAACCUUCUCGGAUGUUGCCAGUGGGAACCCUGUGGAGGACCACGAUUAUUACCUGCAAGAGAUCCUUUCCAGGGAGCGACUGUACCACCCCGAGGAGCGCAGAAACCCGGAGGUUCCCGUGGAGAGACAGCCCAGCGGAAGGGUGAAGAAAGACAAAGAGAAACCCGCAGGAACGUCAGCCAAAAAUGGAAAUAAAAAAACAGAAAAACAGAAAAAAUCCAAUGGAAAAACACCAAAUAGCAGUCAAGAAAACUACAAGGUGUCUGAAAAAAAGAUUGAGAAGUGCCCUCCCCUGGGCUUGGAGACAUUGCGUGUGGAUGAUUUUCAGCUUCAUGCAUCCACCGUCCAGCGUUAUGGUUUGGGGGCUCACAGAGGCAGAUUGAAUAUCCAGGCUGGUAUCUUUGAAGAUGACUUCUAUGAUGGGGCUUGGUGUGCUGGCAGGAAUGAUUAUUCACAAUGGUUUGAACUGGAUGCCAGAAGACUAACUAAAUUCACUGGCGUUAUAACACAGGGAAGAAACUCACUUUGGUCGAGUGACUGGGUGACAUCGUACAGUGUUCUGCUGAGCAAUGACAGCUACAGCUGGGUCACUGUCAAGAAUGGAUCAGAUGAUAUGAUAUUUGCAGCAAAUCAAGAGAAAGAGAUUCCUGUACUGAACGAGUUUCCUACUCCAAUAGUUGCACGCUACAUUAGAAUAAAUCCUCGUAGUUGGCAUGAGGAUGGGGACAUCUGUAUGAGAGUGGAGAUCUUGGGCUGUCCCAUGCCAGAUCCUAAUAAUUACUACCACAGGCGAAAUGAAGUCACCACAACAGAUGAGCUUGAUUUCAAACAUCACAGUUACAAGGAAAUGAGACAGAUGAUGAAGAUGGUUAAUGAGCAGUGUCCAAACAUUACUAGGAUCUACAACAUUGGCAAAAGCUAUCAAGGAAUGAAACUGUAUGCCAUCGAGAUCUCAGAUAAUCCAGGAGAGCAUGAAGUUGGUGAGCCUGAAUUCCAUUACUCUUCAGGAGCUCAUGGCAAUGAAGUGCUUGGGCGUGAGCUACUCCUCUUACUGAUGCAGUUCAUGUGUCAGGCAUACUUGGCAGGAAAUCCACGGAUCAAGCACCUUGUAGAGGAGACAAGGAUCCAUCUGUUACCUUCUAUUAACCCGGAUGGUUAUGAGAAGUCUUUUGAGAUGGGUUCAGAAUUGGCAGGCUGGUCUUUGGGACGUUGGACUCACGAUGGCAUUGACAUCAAUCACAACUUUCCUGAUCUCAAUUCUAUUUUUUGGGAAGGAGAGGAACACAGAUGGGGGUAUAAGAAAGUGAAUAAUCAUCAUCUACCAAUCCCUGAGUGGUAUUUAUCCGAAAACACCACUGUAGCCGUUGAAACACGAGCAAUGAUUGCCUGGAUGGAAAAGUUUCCAUUUGUGCUGGGUGGAAAUGUACAAGGAGGAGAAUUGGUGGUGACAUAUCCAUUUGACAUGACGAGGUUCAGCACAAAAGUUCAUGAGUAUACGGCCACACCAGAUGACCAUGUCUUCCGGUGGCUAGCAUUCUCUUAUGCUUCCACUCACCGUCUCAUGACAGAUGCAAAUAGAAGAGUGUGUCACACAGAUGAUUUUGCCAAGGAAGAUGGAACUAUAAAUGGGGCAUCAUGGCAUACAGUAGCAGGAAGUAUGAAUGACUUCAGCUAUCUGCACACAAACUGCUUUGAAAUAUCUAUGUAUGUGGGCUGUGACAAAUUUCCUCAUGAGAGCGAGCUACCAGAACAGUGGGAAAACAAUCGAGAAUCCCUCCUUGUUUUCAUGGAACAGGUCCAUCGGGGAAUCAAAGGUUUAGUACAAGAUAAACAAGGAAGAGGAAUUCCAAAUGCUACCAUAUCAGUUGAAGGCAUAAAUCAUGAUGUUACAACAGCUGCUGAUGGGGACUAUUGGCGACUCUUAAAUCCAGGCGAGUACAAAGUCACUGCCAAGGCUGAAGGUUACUCGAGUGCAACCCGAAACUGUGAGGUGGGAUAUGACAUGGGAGCAACACCGUGUCAUUUUAUUUUGGCCAGGACAAAUCUGGCAAGAAUUAAAGAGAUAAUGGAGAAAUUUGGGAAGCAGCCAAUCAAUCUGCCACUUAAACGGUUCAGACGGGUUCGGCAUAGACGUCGCCAGUUGUAGGAUCUUCUCCUGUGGCAAAACUUACCAAAAUAGACUUCUCUAAAAUAUCACAUUGCGAGAUGUUUUAUACAAAAUAAUGCAUUCUUUUAAAGUACAAGAUGCAAUCUGUGUUUGUAUUAUCUGUGGGUACAGCAUUCAUUUUGUUAUUUUAAUAUAAUAUUUGCAACUUUUACAUUAUUCAGCACUUUUCUGCAUGAUGUAAUUAGAAAACUUGCCACACUAUUCCAUACUUACAUGGGACAUUUUAACUAUUAUUUUUGGAAACACUGGCCACCUAUAACAGAGACUUUAUUGAUUUUACGCAUAUAUCACACAAGGUUGUCCCUGCGAUUAUUCUCCAAAUAUUGGAAGAGUUUGGUUUAUUACAGCGUUUUGAAUUGUAGUACAAAGGAAUAGGAACAAACAUAAUUGACACGCAGGGGAAGACCAGCUGACUCAGAAAGCCCACCACACUUUGUUGGCUCAGCCAUCGUGGCUGAAUAUUUUCUCCCUCCCCGAACUCUGUCAAUGUCAUGCCAGAGCCCACAGCACAUAAUCAUGUUAGGUAAAACAAAAGUAAACACAGUAAAGGUAAAAUUACUCUCCAGCUCACUCAGAUGAUGAAACCAAUCCUGGAGAGAACAUGAACCAAACAUUUAUACAUAGAUACUUGCCUAUUAUAUAAUUCAAUCUUUACCAUUGUAUGGAAAUGGUCUGACACCCUUCUGAAGACAUGCAGAGAGUCAGCACCCUCCAUAUCAGUCAGCAGUGUAUUCCAGAGACUCAUAGUUCACUGGGAAAAGAACGACUGCCUUUCAUAGUUUAAACUCAUCUUUUCUGGUCCUUCCCAGUAAUCCGCCGGAUCUGCUGACUGUUUCCAACAUCCUCUGUUUUUAUUCCCCUCCCUUUGCUGCUCUAAACUAAAUGUAGCAAGGUCAUUGGGCUUAAUCGUGUUCAUUAAUAAUCAUCCUUAUAGCCAUCCUCCAAACAUUUUCCACAGUCUCUGUCUCACUCCUUAUAAAAGGGACCAAAAUGGGUACAGUAUUCUACAAUGUCAAAAUGGUGUCCUAUAUAUUCUAUGAAUGCGACAAAAUAGCUUACUAGUUUUAAGUGUGAUCUUUCUACUUCAGUCAUGAACCUUUCGUAAUGUGUGCCAAAUUACAUUAAGACAUCUUGCAGCCUCCUUCAGUAUUGUCUUCUGCAAAUGAUGCAUGGAUUCUGUGUUUGACAUUACAUUUAUCCAAAUUAAACACCAUUUGGCAAUGCAUGAUCCAGUCCUUGAGCAUGUUGCAAUCCUUUGGAUUUGAUUACUCUUUUCCACAAUAUUCACCCUUGCACAGAUUUUGGUAUUAUCUGCAAAGAUACUUUCCAUACUCCUAACUCCUGUGUCCAAAUUAUUAAUAAAAACAAUGACAUGUAGCAGACAAUCCCUGGGGUGCCACUAACAACAUGUCUCUAAAUUGAUCCACAUCUCUUAAAUACAACCUUUUGGCUGCAGCAUUGGAGCCAAUUCCUAAUUUGGUGUAAAUAUUUUUACUGAUAUCAUCCUAUGAAGUCACUUAGGGUGGGUUACAUAAAACCCUUAUCAAAUGGGUCCAUUUCAAGUCUAUUUGAGACCAUUACAGUAUCUCCCAGUUAAUUUGCAGAUGGUGUGUCUAAAUUAAGUUUGAAAACCUUACUAAGUAUAUGUUGCAGUGGAGUACGUCCUGAGUGAUAUUUUCUUCCCGAUUUGCAUAACAGUGGUUGUGAAGAAACCAUUAGAAAGAGCUGCCCCCAUAAAUUGUAUCCACCAAGUGCCCAGACUGUGAGAAUACCAUUUGCUCACAGUGAAUCGGUGGUACGUAGCAACAGUGACCCAAGAGCCAUAUUGUCACCAUAUCUUGUGAUUCUUAUUUGUAUUUAUGAUUAUUGACAUUAUCAUAGAAUCAGAGAAAUGUAUAGCAUGGAAAUGGGCCCUUACGAUUCACCUCGUCCAUGCCGACUGCGAUGCCUAGCUGUGUUAAUCCCAUUUGCUGUAUUAGACCUGUGUCCCCCUACUCCUUUCCCAUCUAAGUAACUGUUCAAGGGCCUUUUAAAUCUUGCAAUAGUAUCUGCCUCCACUGGCAGCUCGUUCCAAAUAUUCACCACCCUCUGUGUGAAAAAAAACUUACCAGAUCUCCUUUAAAUUUCUUCCCUCUCACCUUAAACCUGUGCUCUCUGUUUCUAGACUUCCCUGCCCUGGGAAGAUGGCCAUCUUUCCUAACAAUGCCCCUCAUAAUUUUAAAAAGCCUCUAAGGUCACCGCUCAGCCACCCACGUUCCAGUGAGAAUAAACCCAGCCUACCCAAUCUCUCCUUAUAACUACAGCCCUCCAAUCCAGGCAACAUCCUGGUGAAUAUCUUUUACCUCUCUCUAUUCCCACCACAUCCUUCCUAUGGUGUAGCAACCAAAACUGUACCCAGUACUCAAAGUGUGGUCAAACCAAUGUUUGCACAACUGCAACAUAGAACAGUACAGCAAUGUACAGGCCCUUUGGCCCAUGAUGUUGUGCCAACCUAUAUAAACCUACUCCAUGAUCAAUCUAACCCUUCCCUCCUAUACAGCCCAUAACCCUCCAUCUUUCUUACAUCCAUGUGCCUAUCUAAGAGUAUCUUAAAUGUCCCUAUUGUAUCAGCCUCUACCACCACCAUCCCCAGCAGUGCAUUCCAGGCAGCCACCACCCUCUGUGUAAAAACCCUGCCUCUGACAUCUCCCCUAAACUUUCCUCCUCUCACCUUAAAUAGAUGUCCUCUGGUAUUGGUCAUUGCCAUCCUGGGAAAAAGGUGCUGGCUGUCCACUCUCUCUAUGCCUCUCAUAAUCUUAAACAUGAUUAGACUGGACAUCAUUAGGCUAGACUCAGAUGUACAAUGUUCAGAGGUGCUCCUCACAGUUUUACCUUUUCUUUCUAUCCUGUACUGUUUUCUGACGUCUAGUCUGCACUGGUUCACUAGGUGCUGCUCUCCCACUCACCUUAUCUUACAUUUCUCUUGAUAUGCCUUAGAGAUAUAAUCUAUAACAAUGCACUCAGUCAGAUAAGGGCCCAAUUAGUGUUAGCAGAAGUAAUGGUUUUUGGUGCACUUGCAACAUAUUAAACUGGGACCAUUAGCUGCAGUAUGUGCCCUUGCCUGGCAGAACUAUAUAUCAUCUGGUUCUUCACAACCUUGUGCAAAGAUAGUUCCAUGUAAGCCUAAGUUCAAGUAUGGGGGAUAGUUAAGCAUUCAAACAUUUAAACAAAGUGAAGAAAAAUAUCAUGCGCUAAACAUUUAAAUCUGCCCAACAAAUUUACACAAAUUUACCAUUAGACUACUUGAUUUUUUUUGUGAUACUUUGCUGUGGAAACUGGUCAAAACUGAAAUCACCUUAUUCACUGAAGUUAUUGUAACCUGUGAAUACUUCAGUUAAAUAUUUUAAUAAUAUCAAAGCAAUCAUGCAAAUAUAUUGGAGGUAACUUUAGUUCUGGCUGCAGAUUUCCAGGGAUCCAGACCUGCUCCAUUGCCAUAAGUCCUCUAGUCACAUAACAGAAUCCCAUUUUACUGGAGAAAUUACUGCCGCAUUUUCAGCAAAGCAAUUAGAAAUCUGUUUUUGAUCUAUCAUUCUCAUAAUACUGUCUGAAAGGGUAUAGAGAAUUAUGCUAAAUGCCCAAAUAAAGGAGGCAUUAGUUUUCUUUGAACAUGAUUCUUCAGAACCUAAUUGACUAGCCGACUUACAGCUGCUCAUGAACUGCAAUAUAAACAGUGUCUCAGACACCCAAAUAAAAAAUUGCAAUGACUUGUGUAUUUUGUGAAAAGCCAACAGAAAAUACAUGAACAAUUUGUGGUUUACUGAAAAUGAAGCAUGCAGUAAGUGGUAGUGGGUAUGUAUGCACUACAUUGUUUUGAUCUGUUAAACAAUCAUUGUGUUCAUUGGUUCUGGCAACAUACCAAAUUCCAAGUUCUAAUUGCUUUCAGCCAAGACAAUUGGGCAGAUAAAUUUGUCUUCAGUCACCAAUGCAAAAGGAACAUCAACCUUUGGUUGUACUCAUCUCUGCACAAGGGGUCAAUCGAAGCACUGGUGGGGCGGGGUAAGUACAGGUGGUAAUCUUACACACUUUCAUCAUUGAAGACCAAAAACAAAUUUCUCUCCCUGUGUCUUUGUUCAAAAAGGAGACUUUCAUCACUGAAUGCAUCAAUACAGCAAUAAAUUUGAUGAAUUUGAAACAGAAGUAGAUUAUAAAAUGGUCACAGAAGUUAGGGGUAGUAGUUAGGUUGAGUUCAGUAACAGCUGUUGAUUGUGGAUUGAUGUACCCAUUAUGUCCCUGCCUCUGCUCAAAUUGAAAAUGACCUCCAUGGAGCAUUGUUUGCUGUUCAUUUAUUUUCUUGUUAGGUUUAGUCAAAGAAUGACAGUGUUGCUGAUUGGAAUCCUCUGUUAACUGGUUUAACACGGGUAGCCAGCAGUCUGUCCCCCAUUAAUGCUAAAACUCACCUGAUACAGUUUUGAACAAGCAUGUUAAUUAUUGAGCAACAUGUUCACUUCUUCCUGGUAGCUGGCAGCUUAUAUUUGGGAAACAGAGCUCCUCACCAUUGCUGGACCCCAGCUACAGUUAUGUAGAGCACAGAGGUUCCACCCUUUUCUAUCAGACACUGAGUGAUCCGACCAGCUAUCCUUCUAAGCAUCGCCAAGGUACUCAAAAAUGACCAAGUAUUGUUUAGUUUUAUUCUGUGUGUUUCAAAGGAGCAGGAGAUGUUAUUCCUGGCCCCAGAGGCAGUGCCUCCAGCCUGAUGCCAAUCCACAUAUGAUUCUCAUUUCCUCCAGGCCCAGCUUCCUGUUGACUUAGUAUGUGAGCCAGCUAAUGUUCAAUGCAUUGUUUUGCUGAUUCUCAGGAUGUGGGCAACAUUAGCUUUGCUACAUUUAAAGCCUUUCCCUAGCUGUUGAGUGCACCAAAAAUCAGCCAUGUCGAGGAGGAAAGAAAUUUAGGCUAAGAAAAUCUGGAUAGAGAUUCCCUGAAGUGUGCUGGUGAACUGGUUGCAUUUUUACGAUAAUCCAGCAAGCCCAAAUGAAAAUAAUUUUAUCUCCUGAUACUGGAUACACUCCACCAAUCAUGUUCUCAGUUUGGUUAGAAAUUGAAGAUCACUCUCUAAUUGUUAAAUGAAAUAUUAUGAACAUUUUAUAACCUGGUUGAUUUAUUUUUAUUUUGUUCAUGGUUCGUGAGAGGAGUGGCUUUUUUUUAAUGUAGCCACCUUAUUCUUCCACCAACAUUCUGUCUCCUAUCUAACACUUUUAUUAGAAACGCCUACAAAUCUACUUGUCCACCCUCUACUCUUCUCCCUUCCCCAACAGGGUCAUUACCAUUCUACCCCCACCUCAAUUUUCACUUAAGUGUUCUUCAACAUGAUGUCAUUGGGCAAAUGUGGAAGUAUAUCACUCUCUGUCCUUUACCAGCUGUCACUCAAGUGCAUAUAACCCAGUAUGCUAUCUCUUUGGUUUUUGACCUUUGCACUCCAUGAUCACAAGACCACAAGACAAAGGAGUAGAAGUAGGCCAUUCGGCCCAUUGAGGCUGCUCCGCCACUUCCCCAUGAGCUAAACUAUUCCCCCAUCUAGCCCCAAUUCCUGGCUUUUUCCCCAUAUCCCUUGAUACCCUGAAUAAUUGGAUACCUAUCAAUCUCCGCCGUAAACACCCCCAAUGAUCGGGCCUCCACAGCUGUACGUGGCAACAAAUUCCAUAAAUCCACGACCCUCUGGCUAAAGAAAUUUCUCUGCAUCUCUGUUCUAAAUGGGUACCCUGUAAUUCUAAGACUGUGCCCUCUUGUCCUGGACUCACCCACCAUGGGAAACAAUGUUAUCAAGUUAUUUUUCCCUUCCUCUCUCUUUUCAUAAUGAUAUCUGCCAUUCAGCAGCGCAUGGGUGCCUGCCUUUUUAUCUAUUUUCUUCAUACUCCUGAGGCCAAAGAUGCACGUCUUUGGUUUAAUGAAGAAAGAAAAACUUUUUCUUGUGCACAAGUUGGAGCCAAAGCCUUGCAUUUUUAGAAGGGGAUGUGAGGAAAUGGAAUUGCUGCAGCAUUUGGAAGAAUUUCUUUGAUAUGAAAAGGUAGCAUUGUUUUUGUUCAAAUGUACUGAAGGCCAACGUUUAAAAAUACCCAUAAUAAUUAAUUAGAAGGAGAAGACUGUCAAGCAGUGGAGGUAACACAAGUAAAAGGAAGUUUGUAAUGAUUUUCAGGGUAAAUUUUCAGUGAAUAACAGGAUAACAUAUGAGUAAUGAUUUUAUCAGUAAGUUUGAUUUUAAAUACUCAAGUUUACAAGGCAUCACCAAAUUUUAGAACUCACAAAUGGAAUUUGGACAGCUAAUGGAAAUUAUAAUCUGCUGAAGGUUGUCUCCGUGCUAGCUGUAAUCUCCACAGGAUGUUACUUCCCUAUAAUGAAAUGCCACAUCAAAGUCAUUUUGUUUUAAACCUUUCUCAUAACUCUGAUAAAAAGUUUGGUGGAGAUGCAAACUUAAAACUGCAAGUAAACCAUUGAGUUUAUGUGGAUAUGAAAAAUUAGCAACAUUUUGCCAGAUCACCUUGAUUAUUUUAGUUAUUGUUUACAGCCAAUGUUUCAUUCUGGUAUGGCAAGUAAUCAGAGUGUAAUUUAAACAUUUUUUUAGGUGUGACUGAGGCUCUAAGUACGGUCUUGGAAAAUGGUACUUUUCUUAUUCCUGUAUAAUUACUAUAUAAUUAUAUAAUUUUAUAUGUUCGGUGUGCACUUGGAUUUAUGGUUAAAAUUGUAACCUGAAUGCCUAUAACAUUUUUAUUCUAAGCCUGCUAGAAUGACUAUAACUUGUGCAUUCAACAUUAAUUUGUCACUUUGUGCUAAUUUGUUCAGUUGCAGCCAUCUGAACUCAAAGUGUUCUUGCACUUUAAUAAAGCAUUAUAACAUUUA